AAAGAAGACAACAUGGGCUAUGAAUCAUACGAGGAAGCCAUUGCAGCUUUGUCGGAGCUUCUCAGUGACAAAGCUGAUCUCGGGAGCGUCGCCGCGGCAAAGAUCAAGCAGAUAACAGCGGAGCUUGAGGCGGCUGCCGCAGAUCCGACUAAGUUCGACCCGGUCAAGCGGAUCGAAACCGGUUUCCUUCACUUCAAGAAAGAAAAAUACGAGAAAAAUCCUGAUCUGUACGGUGCUCUUGCCAAAGGGCAAAGCCCCAAGUUCUUGGUGUUUGCAUGCUCGGAUUCUCGAGUCUGCCCUUCCCACAUCCUAGAUUUCCAACCAGGGGAGGCUUUUAUUGUCCGAAACAUUGCCAACAUGGUCCCGCCCUACGACAAGACAAAAUACUCUGGAGUUGGUGCGGCCAUUGAAUAUGCAGUCCUGCAUCUCAAGGUGGAGAAUAUUGUGGUUAUUGGACACAGUUGUUGUGGAGGGAUCAAAGGACUCAUGUCCAUUCCGGACGACGGGACCACCGCUAGUGAUUUCAUAGAAAAUUGGGUAAGCAUCUGUGCACCAGCAAAGACCAAAGUGAAAUCAGAAUGUAACGAGUUAAGUUUCUCGGAGCAAUGCCACAACUGCGAGAAGGAGGCAGUGAAUGUAUCUCUGGGGAACCUAUUGACAUAUCCCUUCGUGAGAGAAGCAGUGGUGAACAAAUCCAUGGCCUUGAAAGGUGCACAUUACGAUUUCGUCAAUGGAAAAUUUGAUCUCUGGAAUCUAGAUUUCCAGAUUUCACCCACUUUAGCAACAGCCUGAGCAGUUUCACCAUGUUUUCACUAAUCAAAAGCUCCAUCCUCUUGCAAUCAAAGUGAAAAAUGCCUGCUGCUAUAGCUUGCAUGAUUUCUUCGCGGUCGGUACCAAUCUCUGAGAAUAAUAAAAGUUCGUAUUUGUGUUG